GUUCUAGUCACAAGGGGCGGAGAACCAGACGUGGGAGGUCUCUGAUAAGUUGGACGGCUCGGUGACCACGAAACUCCGCCUCUGUGCGCCUCCACCCGCUUCGAAACACUCGCUGGUCCGCUUCGACAUUCUCAAUUAGUUUCAAUCUCGGUUGGCUCUCCUCUCAAGCUCAUCGUGUUUCCGCUGCUACUCGACCGUUUCCACGCGAUCGCGAUUCGACACAAGUGUUAAAAAAAAAAAAAAAAAAAAAGAAAAAAAACCUCGUCCUCGCAAUUGCAGUGCUAAGAACGAGGUAAACUUCUCUGGUGAUCCAUCUUUCGUCGUCCAAUUGAAGAUUCAUAGGCUUGUUUCACUUCUUGAUCACUAUUAUACCAACAAGUUUGAAGAAUUAUUAUUUUCACCAUCCCGAUGCUGUUCUGGUGUGCCAAGGUAGCCUCCUCUUAAAGAUGUAACAUCAACUAUAUAAAGGUGUAGCUUGUGAUCAGUGAUCAGUUGUUAGUUUGAACAAUUUUGUGCAAGUGCAAUUUGAGAAACUUAACAAAUUCCUUUCAAAAAAAAAAAAAAAAGAAAAAAAAAUUAGAACAUUUUGAAACAAUCAGUGUUGAACAGUGGAGGGCUUGCCCGCCUAUUGGGAGGACUUAGCCGUGCAGCAUAGUGUAAAUGCAGCUGCAACGGCCAGCAUUUUUAUGAAUUACGACCUGGACAAACCAAGGAUGGUCUCGCACGUCAUUCCCGUCGCUGGGGAAUUACAGCAAGGUAAUGGAAAUCUGGGUGUCACGGGGCUGGGCGGGAUGCAGGAGUCGUCUCAUUCGUUGAAGAUCAAGCAGGAGCCUUUUCAGGUGUCCCCGCCAUCGCCCCUUCCCCCCCUGCAUCAAGUGAGCAGCUUCGUAUCAGAGAUGCAAAAUGGCUGCAUCGGUGUCACAUCGAAGGAGCUGGACUCCUCCGUGAACCUCACCAGAGGUCUGACAUCGCACCAUACGUCUCUGAGUCAUCAUCACUCUCAUCACAGCCUGCACAGCCCGAAUUCUGCGGUUUCCAUGCACUCCACAGGCUCCACUCAUCAUCAUCUCGAUGAGAAGGGGUCAUCACCGACCGGGGCCCUUCACAGCACAACCAACAGUAAUCCAUCGACACCAUCGACACCUUCCACCCCUACAACAGUAGCGGACGGUUCCUCUACGGCGACAGUAACUGGAAAUGGAAAUACUAACAAUGAUUCGGCCAGCAAAAAGCCACCGUACAGUUAUGUCGCUCUGAUCGCCAUGGCUAUACAACAUAGCGCUCAGAAAAGGGCGACUCUGAGCGAGAUUUACGCUUACAUCACCGCCAGAUUUCCGUACUUUCAGAAGAACAAAAAGGGUUGGCAAAAUUCUAUUAGGCAUAAUCUAUCCUUGAACGAGUGCUUCGUCAAAGUACCACGCGAUGGUGGUGGCGAGAGGAAAGGGAACUUUUGGACUCUCGAUCCGCAAUACGUGGAUAUGUUUGAAAAUGGUAACUAUAGGAGGCGUAGACGUAUGAAGCGACCAUAUAGAAACGCGCCAUAUAAACCGCUCUUCGGCGACCCUUUCACUCCCACGCACGUCCACCUAGGUCCCAGGAACUUGUUCGGCCCCUCACCACCGUCCUAUGCUCCGUCUACGUACACCAGAUAUGACACCAGUGCUUGGAGUCUUCAACAGUCUCAGCUGCCCUAUAGCCAUUGUCCAUCGCUUCAGCCGCAAUUGCAACCAAUGCAGUCCAUGCAGAUUCCUAACAUGAAUGGUUACAGUCAAUUAGGCACCUCAUUAACGUUUCAAGGCAAUUACUUGGAUGUUCCAGGUGGAACCACGAGUUCCUCAGGUUCGAUGACAAGUGGCUCUUUUGGCAGUAGUUUCGCAAGGAGGCACGAUGCCGCCAUGACUCAAGAAACAGUGCCUACCAGGUGCUAUUGGCCUGAAAUGGUGAACGUGAAAGAGGAGCCAGGAACUGUAGCAGUAUCCAGUACCAGCGUAGGCAGCGUAGGCGUUCCUUCAGGAAUGAUGGGCUCUACAACUCCAUCAGGUGUUUCUACGACUGGAUUUGCACCCAUGGAGUUUCAAUCGCGGUCCAAGUGCUUCAUGUGAAUCAAUUUAUCAUCGUUAUAAACUGAGCAUCUCAUAAGAAUCUCAUAAGGAUCAUUCUGCGUCCAAUUUAAACGACGAUCAAAUUGAUUGAUCUACAGAUUUCUUCAGAAGUGGUGAAUCAGAAAAGCGAAAUAUUGAAGUAUUUCCUUUCACUGAUGAAAAUUCUAUGGGACCUAUGGCGGAGGGGAUGCUGGAAAUGGUCUACAGUGAUACUAAUUCCGGCCCAGAGGAGUGUGAAAGAUUUCUUCCACUUGAAACGAAUAAACACUGCAACCCUAUCCUCGUGCGUUUUCGACUGCUGCACAGUAUUCGAUAUUUAAACGAGAUAAGGGACCGAUUCGUGCCUCGUGAAUUGGUUUCUCUGAGAGAGGAAAUGAAUCUGCGAGGAACAAAUUUAGAGAUAACAAUUAACGAGUAGUUUAUAAGGCGUAUUCGCGAAAUAGGAAAGCACUCGAAGAUGUUUUCUUUUAUAUAUAUUAUAUAAAUAACUAGUAAUUGUAGAAG